AGAGAGCGUCUGUAGAACCGCUGCUUGAAUACUGUCCACAGAAGCGUUCUCUGGAAGUCAGAGAAACCCUAGGAGCUCGGAGUUUCUCUUCUGUCGUCUGGGGGCUCCUACGUGGAGUUUUCGUGCUCGAGAGAAAACAGGUUCCGGAAGUUGAGGGGAAGCUUUGAAAAACUUCCAGUCAAGACCUGUCUCGGUGAAAAGUUUGACCAUUCUCUACGGUUUCUUCCGGAAGGUUUCUACCGAUAGACUUCACGAUGAAGACGAAGGAGACCUUCGAGAUCGUAGCGCCGGAGCGACGAUUCUCAAAGAGGGAGUUCACGAUCAUGUUCUUCCUUUCUGUCGCCUGUCUAACAGAAGGUUCCUGCUUCUCGCACAUCGCACCGUUCUACGCUGAGGAGUCCGGGAAACGAGACAACGAUAAAACUCAAUUCGGAAUCGUUUUCGGGAUCCACCCGGCCGUUGGAUUCUUCAUGGCACCCAUCGUUGGACAACUCCUCGUGAAAACCGUGAAGGCGAAGAAAAUGCUCGUCCUGGGGAUGUUCUUGGACGGGAUCCUCACAAUCGUCACAGGGUUCUUGACAUCGGUUCCGAAUGGGACUCCAUUCUUCGCCGCGGGUCUGAUCCUACGCUCAGUGCAAUCCGUCGGCUUCUCCAUGGCUGUAACAACCUACUACGCCAUAAUCGGUGCCGAACUCGGACCGUGGGCUCACAUUUGUCUGCCCAUCAUUGAGACCAUUUACGGCGCUAGCGUCGUCGCCGGACCAGCCAUCGGGGGAUUCCUUUACGAGCAUGGAGGUUUCCGUUUGCCCUUUUUCGUUCUUGGGAGCAUCACAACCAUUACAGCAGUAUUCGUCAUGGCGACGUUUCCCACGAUCGACAAGGGCUCCGAAGAGACGAAGUACUCCUGGGCGGCAGUAUUCGACAUACGGAUAAUUCUCAACGUUCUGAUGGUGAUGUCGACCUUCAUUAUCGUCGGUUUCAACGAUGCCACCCUGGCAAUUAAUCUACAACAAUUCGAGUUGUCUCCGACGUACACCGGACUUUGCUUCGUCGUCUGCGGUGGCCUGUACUCGAUUUCCAGUAUAUUUUGGGGCAUCAUGAGCAAACGAGUGGGUGAUCCGCGAUACUUCGUGGUGGCCGGGGCAGCGUUAUCCUGCAUCGCCAUGGCAUUCGUGGGACCUCUUCCAGUGCUCGAUAUGCGGCCCACGUUGCCGCUUGUUCUAGUUAUGCAGGCGUUUAUGGGGACAGGCUACGGUCCGAGCUUCGUGUGCUCGUUCAUGCACAGCCUCGGAGUUGUCACAAAUGAGAGAGGUCUCCCGGAUAAUUUAGGAACAUACGCGAUGCUCUCGGGAAUUUUCAUGCCCGCGUGCUUCAUGGGGAACGCCAUCGGACCGAUGCUGGGAGGUUUCCUGGUGGAGAACUAUGGCUAUCGGAAUGCGACCGUGGUCGUGUUCUCCAUUGUUCUUGUCAUGCUGCUGAUGGAAGUCUGGUCAGUUCUACACGAUAACUGCUCGUUGGGCUGGAAGAAACGCACGGAACAGAAACCAAGCCCUCUUUGCUAG